UAUCCAAUUUUCCUUUUCCUGAUCCAGUUAUAGUGAUCACUCUAAGCCCUGCUCCUGCCCCAUCCCAACGAGCAGCUCUUCAGCUUCCUUUAGCAAAUGAUGCUGGCAGCCGGUCAUCUUCAUCAGAAACCUCACCACAGCAUCACCCGGCCCCAUCGCGCCCUAGGCACAUGCUCAGCCUCCCUCAGCCUCAGUAUCUGUUGCAGAAGAGCAUGGAGAGUAUAGAGAUUGAGCAAAAGCUGCAGGAGAUAAUGAAACAGACGGGGUAUCUGACAAUAGGAGGGCAGAGAUAUCAAGCUGAAAUCAGUGACCUGGAAAAUUUGGGCGAGAUUGGCAGUGGCACAUGUGGGCAGGUCUGGAAAAUGAGGUUCAAGAAAUCAGGACACAUCAUUGCCGUGAAGCAAAUGCGUCGCUCAGGUAAUAAGGAGGAAAACAAACGAAUCCUCAUGGACUUGGAUGUGGUGCUGAAAAGUCACGACUGCCCUUACAUUGUGCAAUGUUACGGCACCUUCAUUACCAACACUGAUGUGUUCAUUGCCAUGGAACUGAUGGGCACUUGUGCUGAGAAGCUGAAGAAACGGAUUCAGGGGCCUAUUCCAGAAAGGAUUCUCGGCAAAAUGACAGUCGCGAUUGUCAAAGCUCUCUUCUACCUGAAGGAAAAGCAUGGUGUCAUUCACAGAGAUGUGAAACCCUCAAAUAUUCUCCUGGAUGAGCGGGGUCAAAUCAAACUCUGUGAUUUCGGGAUAAGUGGAAGACUGGUAGACUCGAAAGCGAAGACGAGGAGCGCUGGCUGUGCAGCAUAUAUGGCGCCUGAACGGAUAGAUCCCCCGGAUCCCACCAAACCUGACUAUGAUAUCAGAGCGGAUGUAUGGAGCCUUGGCAUUUCACUGGUUGAACUCGCCACGGGGCAGUUUCCAUAUAAAAACUGCAAAACGGACUUUGAGGUUUUAACAAAGGUGCUGCAGGAAGAUCCUCCUCUGCUCCCUCAAAGUAUGGGCUUCUCAAUGGACUUUCAAUCAUUUGUAAAAGAUUGCCUUACAAAGGAUCACAGGAAGAGACCAAAAUACAAUAAGUUGCUUGAACACAAUUUCAUUAAACGUUACGAGACAUUAGAAGUGGACGUGGCUUCGUGGUUUAAAGAAGUCAUGGCAAAGACUGAAUCUCCACGAACAAGCAGCAUCCUCAGCCAGCAACACCUCCCCAUCUUCUCCAGGUAGCCAGCAGAGCAACAAAUGGACAUGCAGGGGACAGGAGGGGGGAGUGGAACCGGCAAGUCACCGCCAACAGCCAUGCCAUCAAGACAAAGCUCCUGAGACCAAUGAAUUGUACUUAGCCUAUCCAUGGUCUUUCUGUCUAGUGUUGUGAUCUUUUCAAUUGACUCAGGAGAGUGUGGGUUGUUGUGCUUUGAAGAGCAAGGAAAGGUGGUACGUGCCACAUCUUGGACUGAGGUUUAAUCUCAUUGCUACUGUGAAAAGCUGACGUGCUGCCCUUCCCCUUUAACCUCUCCUCACAGGAUACAUGGUCAUUGCACGCUGCAGAGGAAUUGCAACUUUAUAUAGUGUUUAAAUAUUACCGGGUUAUGCACUGUGAUCAAGGAAAGCAAAGGAUUUUACCUAAUUUAUUAAAUAUGAAAGUUGAAAGUGGAGCUGAUGUGAACUCUCGAUGUAUUAGUGUGCAGGCACCUGUGUUAUUAUGAUAGUUUAGUGUGUUUCAAACGCAUGAGAAACUGCUGCUUUAUUUUAUUUCAAACAAUGACUUUUCAGCCUUUUUGGAAAGGGUUCAUAACUGAGAGGCUCUUCUCAGUGAAAGUCUGGCAGAAUAUACCAAACCAUUUUGCUUGGGUAUUUUUUUCUUCUUGUUAGUUGUUUUGAUGCAGUGUGUGAUUGUGCACGCCCAGUGCCAACACUGGGGUUCGCUGACUGGGUUAUAAAUGUCAGACUAUCAAACAUUUCGGAAACAGCGUCCACGGGCAAAUGAAGAGAUUGGGUAAACUGUCAGCGCUGCUGCAGCCUCACAUCGCCAAUGUGCUGGCAAUUUAUAUAUUUUUUCCAAGCUCUGCAUAGUUGAUGCUGUGCGUACGGGUGCCAGUGUAAUUUGGGUAUUGUGCCAGUGUCUCCCAGUUGCCACUGGUUUGCCUCAUGUUGCUGAAAGCAACCCAAUGUCAAGCUCAGUGGGGGAUUUGUUUUCUUUUAAAAUCUGGGAGCAAAUGGGGGAAUGAUUGUGAAUCCUGAUAAACCUCUGAUUUCUCUGAACUUGUUUCUAACAUACUCACUGCCAGGAUGCACUACAGCUGAUUAUUUGUUUCCUUUUGGUUCCUAACUAUUGCAGCUGUGGAGAAUUUUAGUUAGGCCACAUUUGGAAUAUUGUGUACAGUUCUGGUCGCCACACUACCAGAAGGAUGUGAAGGCUUUGGAGAGGGUAUAGAAACAGCAUGUUGCCUGGUUUGGAGAGAUUCGACAAACUUGGUUUGUUUUCACUUGAACAUCAAAGGAUGAGGGCCAACCUGAUAGAAAACUAUAGAAUGGGGAGUCAGAAUCUUUAUCCCCAGGGAAGAAAUGUCAAUGACAGCGAGGCGUUGUUUGAAGUUAAAAGGGGUAAGUUUAAAGGAGAUGUGAAAGGCUGUUUUUUUUUAACACACCGAGGAUGGUAAGUGCAUGGAACGCACUGUCAGAGGAAGUGGUGGAGGCAAAUGCAAUAGCAACAUUUAAGAGGCAUCUUGACAGAUACAUGAAUAAGCAAGGAUUAGAGGAUACACACCACAUAGAGGCAUUAGGUUUUUAGUUUAGAAAGGCCUGUGUUGGUGCAGCCUGGUGGGCCGAAGAGCCUGUACCUUCCUCCUUUGUUUCCAGUGCUAGCUGAGGUGAUGGUUUGCUGUUUGAAAAGUUGCAGCUGUCACUGAAAAGCUCUGCAGAGCUGUCAGACCAGGGCCCGGCUGCUGCCUUCUCACUGCUGCCUGGUUUGGUGAGAAAUUCCCUGCAGGUUAACCGACUGUCACCUGGUUUGGUGAGAAACUCCCUGCAGGUUAACCGGCUGUCACCCGGUUUGGUGAGAAAUUCCCUGCAGGUUAACCGACUGUCACCUGGUUUGGUGAGAAACUCCCUGCAGGUUAACCGGCUGUCACCUGGUUUCCGAUUUCAUUCAGUCAGUUUUGAAACAAGCUGAAACAGAAGGUGUAGGGCAAGUGAGGGUUUGUACCUAUCACACGUAGUUGUUCCUUUGAGCACUGCUGCUGCAGGGACAAUUAAGUACUGGAUACUAAAUAACUGAUUUCACCCAGCAUUGUUAUUGCGUUUUGCAAAUUUGAUGUUCUGGGCAUUAAAUUGCCUGUUCCUUGAUCGGUUCUGGCACAUUGAAACCACAUCAUACUGAAGUACUUCCCGUAAACGAGUUUCAGUUGGUUGCAAUAUCAAACCAGUCAAAUCAUUUAUCUGAAUCUUUAACAUUGAAAUUAUCCAAAUUGCAAGUUGUGACUUUGAAGAUUUGUGUAAAAUGAUGUCUGUUGGAUUUUUAAAAUUAUUUUGCUCUGAGUGUAUCCUUUCCCAAAGUGGCCUUGACACAUCAGGAUGAACUAGUGGAGGUGGUCAGAGAGUGUGAGAGGUGCGGAUUUCCUGGUGGGGAAGUAUUCGCAGUGACAGUGCAAUGCUAUAGAAUGUCUUGAUUAAUUACAUUGACUCAUCAUUAUCAGUUCUGAAUCAGUUUCUCAUGUGCACUGGCUCAUAAUUUUUAUUUAUGUACAUAUAUUUGAGGAGAAAGGAAUUAGAGGUUAUAGCAUUGGAACAAUGCCUACUUAACCCUGGUGCCUUGUAACUGGAACAUGUAAUUCCUCUUUCAACGCUCACCCACCCUCCCUCCUUCCUCCACCACCAUCCCUUCACCCCACCUAGAUUUGGGGAAGCUGACAAAUCCAAGUUUAACUUCACCUUGACUGUAAUUUGGAAGGAGCAAGAGUCUGUGCAUCCCAUUGAUAAAUGGGGUUAGAGUUUGACUGGGUUGAGGAUUUGCUUAGGCCUUGGAAAGAGGGCUGAGGGAAAGCAGUAAGUAACAGGGGACAGGAAGUGAAUUUAAAGAAUGUUUAAACGUGAAGAGUGGUGGCUGUGACUGUGAUAAUGGUAUCUUUUGGAAGCCAAUAUUCUCUGGGCUACGCAAACUACAUGUCUAUUUACCCUUUCUAGAUUACUUGUAUGGGUUAUGUUGCAAGGUAAGCUGAAGAAAUACUCUAGAAAUACUUCUACCAAUUCAGAUUUAUUCCUGGGAGCAAAUAAGAGCAAAGAAUAAGUUGCAGCAAGUUUAAGGGGUCGCACGGUGGCUCAGUGGUUAGCACUGCUGCCUCACAGCGCCAGGGACCCAGGUUCAAUCCCAGCUCGGGCGA